AUGGACUCCAUCGAGUCCCAGUUGGCUACCGUCGUCCCUGCUCCCGUCACCGCCGCGAUCAACGGCGGCGAGGGCAAGCGGCUCGCGGCCCUAGAGCUCAAGGACGGCACCUGCGUCCAGGGUUACUCCUUUGGUGCCGAUGUCUCGGUCUCUGGCGAGUUCGUCUUCCAGACUGGAAUGGUGGGGUACCCCGAGACUCUUACCGACCCCUCCUACCAGGGACAAAUCCUCGUCUGCACCUUUCCGCUGAUGGGAAACUACGGUGUUCCCUCGCGCGACACCGAGGACCCUCUCCUGCCCGGCAUCCCGCUUCACUUCGAGUCCAAGAAGAUUCACGUCGCUGGUCUCGUCGUUUGUGACUACACCGAUGAUUUCUCCCACUUCCUCGCGACUUCUUCUCUUGGAUCGUGGCUCAAGGAGCAGGGUGUUCCUGCCAUCUACGGCGUUGACACGCGUGCCCUCACCAAGACCAUUCGUGAGAAGGGUUCUAUGCUCGGGAAGCUCAUGAUGGCUACCGAGGCCGCCUCCCCGUCCCCGUCCAACGACUGGCGCGCUGGUUUUGAGUCAGUAGAAUGGGACGAUCCCAAUGUCAAGAACUUGGUCGCCGAGGUCUCGGUCUCCGAGCCAAUCACCUACUAUCCCGACCCCAAGACUGCCAUCAAAAAGGCAAACGGCCAGAACCUCAGAAUCCUCUGUAUCGACGUCGGAAUGAAAUUCAAUCAGAUCCGCUGCUUUGUGUCUCGCGGUGUCGAGCUCAAAGUCGUGCCUUGGGACUACGACAUCCUCUCGGAAGAAGGCUACGAUGGUCUCUUUGUCUCCAACGGUCCUGGUGAUCCCGCCACUAUGUCUUCUACUGUCGAGAACCUCGCCGUCGCGCUCAAGGAGGCCAAGACUCCCAUCUUUGGUAUCUGUCUCGGCCACCAGCUUCUUGCUCGUGCCUCUGGCGCCCAGACCAUCAAGCUCAAAUUCGGUAACCGUGGCCACAACAUCCCCUGCACGAACAUGAUCAACGGCAAAUGCUACAUCACCUCGCAAAACCACGGUUAUGCCGUCGACGUCACUACUCUGCAGUCUGACUGGAAGGAACUUUUCGUGAACGCCAACGACGGCACAAACGAGGGUAUCUACAACACCAAACUCCCGUUCUUCUCCGUCCAGUUCCAUCCUGAGUCUACUCCUGGUCCCAGAGAUACCGAGUGGCUCUUUGACACCUUCAUCGAGUCUGUGCGCAAAUCGAGCGAGCUUGGGCAGCUCGUGCCUGUGACUAUGCCUGGUGACACCAAAGAAGUGGCUGAGAAGAAGACCCCCAGAGUUGACGUCAAGAAGGUUCUUGUUCUUGGCAGUGGUGGUCUCAGUAUCGGCCAGGCCGGUGAGUUUGACUACUCUGGCUCGCAGGCUAUCAAGGCUCUUAAGGAAGAAGGAAUCUACACAAUCCUCAUCAACCCCAACAUCGCCACUAUCCAGACAUCAAAGGGUUUGGCCGAUAAGGUUUACUUCCUUCCCGUCACCCCUGACUUUGUCCGCAAGGUCAUCAAGUACGAGCACCCCGAUGCCAUCUACGUCACUUUCGGUGGUCAGACCGCAUUGAACGUUGGUAUCAAGCUCAAGGAUGAGUUCGAGGAGCUCGGAGUCAAGGUUCUCGGUACUCCCAUCGACACAAUCAUUACCACCGAGGACCGUGAGCUUUUCGCUCGCUCGAUGGAGGAAAUUGGCGAGAAAUGCGCAAAGUCCGCGUCGGCCUCAAAUAUGGACGAAGCACUCGCUGCCGUCGAGGAUAUCGGAUACCCAGUCAUCGUCCGUGCUGCUUACGCUCUCGGAGGUCUCGGUUCGGGAUUUGCAGAGAACAAGGAGCAGCUCGUCGAGCUUUGCAACAAGGCAUUCGCUGCCAGCCCUCAGGUUCUUGUUGAGCGCAGUAUGAAGGGCUGGAAGGAGAUCGAGUACGAGGUUGUCCGUGAUUGCCGCGACAACUGUAUCACAGUCUGUAACAUGGAGAACUUUGACCCUCUUGGAAUUCACACCGGUGACUCGAUCGUCAUCGCUCCUUCGCAGACUCUCUCGGACGAGGACUACAACAUGCUGCGAACCACUGCCGUCAACGUCAUCCGUCACUUGGGCGUUGUCGGAGAGUGCAACAUCCAGUAUGCUCUCAACCCGUUCUCCAAGGAAUACUGCAUUAUCGAAGUCAACGCCCGUCUGUCGCGUUCGUCGGCCCUGGCCUCAAAGGCCACCGGCUACCCCUUGGCUUUUGUCGCCGCCAAGCUCGGUCUCAACAUCCCUCUCAACGAGGUGAAGAACUCAGUCACCAAGGUCACUUGCGCGUGCUUCGAGCCUUCGCUUGAUUACGUCGUUGUCAAGAUCCCCAGAUGGGACUUGAAGAAGUUCACCCGCGUCAGCACUGCUCUCAACUCGAGCAUGAAGAGUGUGGGUGAAGUGAUGGCCAUUGGCCGAACUUUCGAGGAGGCCAUCCAAAAGGGUAUCCGCUCCAUCGAUUACCACAACCUCGGAUUCAACGCCACCGAGGCUCUCAUGUCCAUCGACAUCGACACUGAGCUUCAGACUCCCUCCGAUCAGCGCCUGUUUGCUAUCGCCAACGCUCUCGAUAGCGGAUACAGCGUCCAGAAGAUCUGGGAGCUUACAAAGAUCGACACCUGGUUCUUGAACAAGCUCGAGCGAUUGAUCAAGUUCGGCAAGUUCACCAGUGAGUUCAACACCAACACUAUCUCUCCCGGACUCAUGAGAGAGGCUAAGCAGCUCGGCUUUGACGACCGCCAGCUUGCCAAGUUCUUGGGCUCUAACGAGUUGGCUGUUCGUCAGCGCCGACUCGAAUUCGGCAUCACGCCUUUUGUCAAGCAAAUCGAUACCGUCGCUGCUGAAUUCCCUUGCUUCACCAACUACCUGUACAUCACCUACAACGCGUCUCAGCACGACGUCGCCUUUGAUGAUCAUGGAGUUAUGGUGCUCGGAUCUGGUGUCUACCGCAUCGGAUCCUCUGUCGAGUUCGAUUGGUGCGCCGUCCGAACCGUGCGCACUCUUCGUGCCAGCAAGGUCAAGACCAUUAUGGUGAACUACAACCCCGAGACUGUCUCGACCGAUUACGACGAGGCCGACCGUCUCUACUUUGAGAGCAUCAACCUCGAGCGCAUUCUCGACAUCUACCAGCUCGAGCGCUCGAACGGUGUCGUUGUCUCUAUGGGUGGUCAGACCUCCAACAACAUUGCCCUGCCUUUGCACCGCCAGAACGUCAAGAUUCUCGGAACCUCGCCCGAGAUGAUUGACUCUGCCGAGAACAGAUACAAGUUCUCUCGUAUGCUUGACAGAAUCGGAGUCGACCAGCCCGCGUGGAAGGAACUCACCAGCAUUGACGAGGCUGCCGAGUUCUGCGAUAAGGUUUCCUACCCCGUUCUCGUGCGUCCGUCGUACGUGCUUUCGGGUGCUGCGAUGAACACAGUCUAUUCGAAGGACGAUCUCGCAAGCUACCUGCAGCAGGCUGUCGAGGUCUCGCGCGACUACCCUGUCGUUAUCUCAAAGUACAUCGAGAACGCCAAGGAGAUCGAGAUGGACGCUGUUGCCAAGGACGGUAAGAUGCUCAUGCACGUCGUCUCUGAGCACGUCGAGAACGCCGGUGUUCACUCUGGUGAUGCUACCUUGAUUGUGCCGCCGCAGGAUCUGGACCCCGAGACUGUUCGUCGGAUCAUUAAGGCCACCGCGAAGAUCGGAGACGCGCUCAACGUUACCGGUCCUUUCAACAUCCAGUUCAUCGCCAAGGACAACGAGAUCAAGGUUAUUGAGUGCAACGUUCGUGCCUCGCGUUCGUUCCCCUUCGUCUCAAAGGCGCUCGGCGUUGAUCUCAUCGAGCUUGCUACAAAGGCCAUCAUGGGUCUGCCUGUUACGCCUUACCCCUCGCCGGCCGAGCCUGUGCCGUCUGACUACGUCGCGGUCAAGGUUCCCCAGUUCUCGUUCUCGCGUCUUUCUGGUGCGGACCCCGUUCUCGGUGUCGAGAUGGCCUCGACCGGUGAAGUCGCGGCUCUGGGACAUGACAAGUACGAGGCUUAUCUGAAGGCCUUGGUUGCUACUGGCUUCCAUCUUCCCAAGAAGAACAUUCUGCUUUCGAUCGGUUCUUACAAGGAGAAGAUGGAGAUGCUUCCUUCUGUGAAGAAGCUGCACGAGCUGGGCUACAGCUUGUUUGCUACCGCCGGUACUGCUGAUUUCUUGCAGGAGAACGGCUUGCCUGUCAAGUACCUCGAGGUUCUCAGCGACGAGGAGAACCAAAAGUCGGAGUACUCGCUCACGCAGCACUUGGCCAACAACCUGAUUGAUUUGUAUGUCAACCUGCCGUCUGCGAACCGCUUCCGUCGCCCGGCAUCGUACAUGUCCAAGGGCUACCAGUCGCGUCGUAUGGCUGUCGAUUACUCGGUUCCUCUUGUUACGAACGUCAAGAACGCGAAGCUCUUGGUCGAGGCUCUUGCGCGCAACUUCGCGCUCGGUGUGUCUAGCAUCGACUCUAUGUCGAGCCACCGCACCGUUGUCCUCCCUGGACUCAUCAACAUCGCUACCUUCGUGCCGGGAUUGACGGUCCAGGGAAGCACUGACUUUGAGAAGGUUUCCAAGGCUUCGAUUGCCGCUGGUUUCACGAUGAUUCGUGUGAUGCCCACCGGUAUCAAGAGCUCGCUCACCGACGCUAGAGCUCUUGUCGUCGCCCAGGGUAACUCCGAGAAUAGCGCGUACACUGACUACAACUUCUCAGUUGCGGCCAAUGCCACCAACUCGCAGCAGCUGAGCCAGGUGCAGCUCACUGUCGGAUCGCUUUACAUUCCGUUCAACUUCUUGUCGGAGAACAUCAACAAGGUCGCUGCCGUGACUGAGCAUUUCAAGGUCUGGCCUGCUCUCAAGCCGAUCGUGACUGAUGCUCGCACGACCGACCUUGCGUCGAUCUUGCUUUUGGCUAGCUUGCACAGCCGUCCUGUCCAUAUCACCAAUGUUACGACCAAGGAUGAUAUCGGAUUGAUUGCUCUGAGCAAGGAGAAGGGUCUGCAGGUUACCUGUGACGUUUCGGUCUACAGCCUGUUCUUGUCGCAGGAUGACUACCCCCAGUGCUCGAGUUUGCCCGCCAAGGAGGACCAGGCCGCGCUCUGGGAGCACUUGGCUGUCAUUGACUGCUUCUCUGUUGGCGCGCUUCCCUCGCAGCUUGCCGCUGACGUUGGCGAGUCUAUCGUUCCCGCUAUCGGAAUUGAGGAUACUCUGCCGUUGCUGUUCACUGCUGUGCGCGAUGGUAGACUUACUCUUGAGGACAUUGUCAGCCGGUUGCACACCAACCCCAAGAUGAUCUUUGAGCUCCACGAUCAGCCCGAGACCUCGGUCGAAGUCGAGAUUGACCGCGAGUUUAUCAAGAAGUCGUCUGGCGUCUGGUCUCCGUUUGCUGGCAAGAAGAUGUCCGGCUCGAUCCUGCGUGUCUCGCUCUACGGACAGACCGCGUGUUUGGACGGACAGGUUCUGGUGCCUGGCACUAUCGGAAGAGACAUGUCUGCUUCCGGAGCCAGCAAGUUCGAGCGCACUCGCUCGGUCACCGCCAACGGCGCUGUCGUCCCGGUUGCUGACCCGCGCUCGCCGCAGAUCGGCAAGUCGAGCGGUUUCGACCAGGCCGACAUGCUUUCCACGCCGGCGUCGUCCAAGGCCGUCGAGCAGAUCUUCAACGCGCCGGCUCUUGCUCGCGAGGUCUCGCCUCCCGCGUCGAUCACCGCCACUCUUCGCGGCAGCAACCCGUUCAUCAGACAGCACAUCCUGUCUGUCCGCCAGUUUGAGCGCAGCGACUUGCACUUGCUGUUCUCUGUCGCGCAGGAGAUGCGUCUCGCGGUCGAGCGCCAGGGUGUCUUGAACAUUCUGAGCAACAGACUGCUGUGCACGCUCUUCUACGAGCCGUCUACACGUACAAGCUCGUCAUUUGAUGCCGCCAUGCAGCGCCUUGGUGGUCGUGUUGUCAACGUGAGCGCGAGCAGCUCUAGCGUCGUCAAGGGAGAGACGCUCCAAGACACCAUUCGCACUGUCGGCUCGUACGUCGAUUGCAUUGCUCUCCGCCAUCCUUCGGAGGAGAGCGCGGCUAUUGCUGCCAAGUACAGUCCUAUCCCCGUUCUCAAUGCGGGUAACGGAUCUUUGGAGCACCCUACUCAGGCUCUUCUUGACCUGUUCACGAUCCGUGAGGAGCUUGGCACCGUCAACGGAAUCACCGUGACCUUCAUGGGAGACCUCAAGUACGGCCGCACUGUGCACUCUCUUUGCACUCUUCUCCAGCACUACCAGGUCCGCGUGCAACUCGUCUCUCCUCCCCAGCUCAGACUGCCGGACGAGUACCGCGAGGAGCUUGAGCGCGCUGGCAUGCUUGUGCUCGAGACUGCGGAGUUCACACCGGAGGUUGUCGCCAACACCGAUGUGCUGUACUGCACUCGUGUGCAGAAGGAGCGGUUUGCGGACCUGGCUGAGUUUGAGAUGUUGAAGGAUACCUACAUCGUCGACAGCUCCUCGCUCAAGCACGCCAAGAAGCACAUGUGUGUCAUGCAUCCUCUGCCUCGUAACAACGAGAUUAGCGAGGAGAUUGACUUUGACCAUCGUUCGGCGUACUUCAGACAGGUUCGUUUCUAUUUAUUCGUUCAGUCUUGCUAG